AUGGAAGACACGGCAGACAGUUCGCACAAGGGCAAGCCUGCAAAGCUAGCUAUAAUCUGUCAACUUGGCACCCAGUCACUUCCUCCUCCGGCUCUCCCUCAGCUGGUUGCUGAACAGCACACCGCCAUCCCAUUCACCGACAAGGACUCUCAGCGCCUCAUCGUCGUUCUCUCCAACGCCAGUCUCGAGACGUACAAGGCCUCACAUGGCGGUACUGGUCGCAACGGCGUCCAGCGUGAGGAGAAGUACUCGCUACUCAACAGCGACGAGCACAUUGGAGUCAUGCGCAAGAUGAAUCGCGACAUCAGUGAUGCGCGCCCGGAUAUUACACAUCAGUGCCUCCUGACCCUGCUCGACUCUCCCAUUAACAAGGCCGGCAAGCUUCAGAUCUACAUUCACACCGCCAAGGGUGUCUUGAUUGAGGUCUCGCCGUCUGUUCGUAUCCCGCGUACAUUCAAGCGUUUUGCCGGUCUGAUGGUUCAGCUGCUGCAUCGCCUGUCUAUCCGCUCGACCAACUCGCAGGAGAAGCUCCUUCGCGUUAUCCAGAACCCCAUCACCGAUCACCUUCCGCCCAACUGCCGCAAGGUCACCCUCAGUUUCGAGGCCCCUCUGGUACACGUGAGGGACUACAUCGACACCCUCGCUCCCAAGGAGAGUGUUUGCGUCUUCGUCGGUGCCAUGGCCAAGGGUGCCGAUACCUUUGCUGAUGGUCUCGUGGACGAGAAGAUUUCCAUCAGCAACUACAGCUUGUCCGCCAGCGUCGCUUGCAGCAAGUUUUGCCACGCCGCCGAGGAUUCCUGGGACAUUCAGUAG